ACCCCAUAGAUAAUCUGAAACAUCGGGCGAUUGACUUCAAUUUCUUUUCCUUACCAGCGAAGCAAAUUAGCACAUAAAAUCAUUCAAUACAUUUCACAGUUUGAUCAUCAACUCGCAAAUGGAGGAGUCUUUGCUAUCAGUGAAAAGUGAGAUUGAAGAUAAAGAGAGCGAGAGAUUGAGUUCGUAUCAGUAUGUGGGAAGAACAGGAUCCAUUAUUCCGACGGCUUCCUUCGCUGGAACUGAGGUCAGCGUCGAUGAGAUGCGGUCGGCCGCUGCUCUUUCUGAUCGCUACCCUCCUUCUCUCCAUGCCCCUUUGCUUAGCUCUCCCGAGCCCGAACCUAAUGAGCAAGCUAUUGUCUAUCAGGGUGGAUAUUAUGGAGAAUUAAGCGGGACCACUGGUGAUGUUCGCAGGCAGAUAUUGGAUGAAGUAGAGAUCCGUGAACUACUCAUUGACCAUGUUGGUCAUCGUUGCUGUUGGGGAAGUCGUCCAGCUCGGACCUGGCAGAUCCAUGCAGUAGAAGACUGCAAUGUUUACAUUGGGACUCUUGAAACUUUUAUAGAAGAGAGGGAAACAGUAAUAGAAACUGAACCAUACCUUGGUGGCAGUAUCGAUGGAAAGGAUAAGGGGCCUGAACUUGGAAUCUGGGAAUUGGAUUUGAGGUCUGAAUUUCCUGUCCUAUUUGUAGCUCAUAAAGAAUCACGGGCCAAGAUUCCUCGUUCUGAAGCUAUUGAAAAAUGCUCAGUUUGUGCAGGACAAGGAAAUCGAAUGUGUCCUACUUGCAAUGCAGAUCAAGAGCCUGGAUUCUACAAGGAAAACCAGAUGGCUCAAUGUCCUGCUUGCUAUGGAAGGGGUCUAAUUGCUCACAGGGAUGGAUCUGACACAAUAUGUGUGAAAUGUACUGGUAAGGGAAAGAUUCCUUGUGCAACUUGCGGAUCUUGUGGACUAAUCAAAUGUGAGACAUGUCAAGGUGGUGGUUCUCUACUAACGCGCAAGGGAGUUGUUGUUAGAUGGAAGACACUUUCUACUAGAAAAGUAAGUGCAACAAGUGGAGCAGCCUCUGUUCCAGAUGAUGUGUUCCACAGAGCCAAAGGGGUCCAGUUGUGCAACACUCAGGCAUAUCAGUGCGCUCCUGCCUUUUUUGCUGAUUCGUUCUUCCUCAACAAGUUCUCUUCUGAAGUAAUUGCAGAAAGGGCUCCUGUACCUCCCACUGCAAGGGUCAUAUGCGAGAGGCAUACCAUAUCUGUCGUCCCAAUGACUCGUGUUACAAUGACUCAUCGUGGGCAGUCUUUCAGCUUCUAUAUUAUUGGUUUCAGCAGAGAGGUCUACUUGAAGGACUACUAUCCUUCUAGGUUUUGCUGGGGGCUAUGCCCAUGUUUGGAUUGGUUGAGGUUAUGAUGAAGCUGCUAUAGUCUUCAAGUGGCAAACACCAGAAUUUUUUUUUUCGCUACCCGAAUAAUCUGGUGAUCUCUGUGCUUCAGUUGGUUACCUCUCUCACAUACCCGUGUGAGCAUGAGGUCGCUGCUACUUUAUGUUUGCUGUUGCUCUGGAUGGUACCUGGUGAUAUAGUGUUGAUAUGUUACUUUGAUACUCUUUUAACUGCUGAGUGAGUUUGUUUAGUUGCUAUUGUUCAUAAAAAAAGAUUGGUAAGUGGGUUCCUUUUCUUUUUCUCUUUCCCAGGGCUUGUAACUCUAUUUUAUUUCUUCUUUUAUAUGUUCUCAAAAUCAGGAAGGGAAACAAAGCACAAUACUUCAUUUCAGUUUGAAAUUUUCAUUACUAUCGUUACUUACUGA